AUGACCGGAUCGUACAGUUUCGACGAUCCAACGUCAGGAGCUCCUGGAGCAGUCACCAGGGAAAUACUAGAAGAAGAAAAUGUGUUGUUGGUCGACUCGGACAUUGCGGAACACUAUGGAUCUACCAAGAAUCACAUAGAACCUACGAUAUCUAACCUGGUCCCCGAGAUUUCUCCUACUCAGUUUCUUGUAAUCUCCAUCUCCAUUUAUUUGGGAAUCUUUUUGGCAGCUGUGGACACGACAGUAGUCACCACCAUUCUUACCCUUGUGGCGUCGGAUUUGGAUGCCCUCCCCAACAUUUCUUGGAUAGCUACUGCCUACCUAUUGAGUAGCUCGGUGUUCCAGCCACUCUGGGGAAAAUUGUCUGAUAUUUUCGGCAGAAAGCCACCCCUUGUUCUCUGUUGUAUCUUUUUCGCCGUGGGAUGUGCUAUUUGUAAUACGAGCUCGCUUGCCGUGCUCGUUUUGGGCCGUUUUAUCACCGGUUUGGGUGGCUCAGGCUUGACAAGUUUGGGUAGCAUCACUUUCACCGAUAUUGUCCCUUUGAGAGAUAGAGGAAUAUACCAAGGUAUUGGAAAUAUUGCUUUUGGACUUGGUGCUGCCUCUGGAGGAGCGGUGGGAGGACUUAUUGCUGACAAAUUGGGCUGGAGGUAUGUAUUCCUCACUCAAGUGCCUUUAGCGUUGUUUGUGGGUUUAUGUAUCGCUUUUUGCCUCAAUCUUCCUCCUGGAUCGCCUGGUUUGGGAGCUUCUGACCACGAGUUCGUGUCCAAGUUGAAGAGAGUGGACUUUGUGGGAUCUCUCUUACUUGUGUUGGCACUCAUGGGAAUCCUCACAGCUGCCUCAUUUGGAGGCCGAGAGAUUUCAUAUACAUCACCAACUUUCGUAGUAUUGUUGGUCGGAGCUGUCAUUUUGCUCGUUGCUUUUGCAAAAUGGGAGAAUGAGUACGCUGCAGAGCCAACUUUGCCUGUUAAAUUGCUCUCCACAAGAGCAGUGUUGUGCACAUGUAUGACCACCUGGUUCUACACCAUGAGUGUGUUUUCGUACUUAUUUUAUAUUCCCGUGUACUAUACGUCUGUUAUGGGUUUUAGUGCAACAGAAAAUGGAUCCAGGUUGGUUCCAAACUUCUUUGCUGUGGCUCUCGGCUCUCUUGGAGCGGGUUUUCAUAUGAAGAAGACUGGAAAGUAUUACAAGAUGAUGUUGGUCAUGGACAUUGUUUCACUUCUUGGAGUCAUCCGUAUGAUCGGAAUUACUCCCCAGAUCAGCAAGUUUACCCAGUUCACGCUUUUCUUGCCUUCUGGCUUUGCCUAUGCUUGGUGCCUUACUGUGACGUUGCUUUCAUUGAUCGCUGCUGUUCCAUCGAAAUACCAAGCGGCCACCACCUCUAUCCAGUACACUUUCCGUGCCACAGGCUCAACGUUAGGUGUUGCUGUCGCUUCAGCCAUUUUCCAGAACGUCUUGCGGGCUAACUUGACGUCGAAAAUUUAUGGGCUUCUUCCGCAUGAUAAAAUUUUGGCAAGGGAGAUCAUUGCGAAGGCGUUGGACAGCACAAAAAACGUGGAGGGGUUUCCUGAGGUCGUAAAGGAGGCUGUAAGGGACUCGUAUGCUAAUGGAUGUAAGGGUUCACUAUAUUUUGCUGUUGCCAGUAUGGCUGUUGGUUGUUUUUUCUCGAUUUUCAUAGAAGAGCAUGUUUUACAUUCGACUCUCGAAAGAAAGUAA